AUGGAUAAUGAAAGGGGAGCUUCUUUGAUUAACAUUGAUGAGAAUACUAGAUUUAGUGAGUUGGUAAAGAUUCUAUUAGAAGAUUUUUACAUUGAUAUUCGGGCACAAUGUUUAAAGCUUAGUUAUACAUUGCCUGCUAAGUCUGCUACUAUAGGUAGUAUUCCUAUCUUUAUUAGAAAUGAUAGGCAGCUUGAAGCUUUUAAACUCAAAUAUGCACAAAGUGGAGGAGUUCUUCAUCUAUGUGUUACUGUUGAGGAUUUUUGUGAGACUGUAGAGCAGGGUCAACCUAGCUCUACUCCUUUUAUUGAGAGUGUUACUGCUGUUACUCAGGUAACUUACAAUGCAUCUGCAAAGACUUUGGCUGGUUUGGUUAGUAACCAUUUUGCAGGAGGAAAGCUUCCUCUCAGACCCAAACAGCUCAUGGAAAUUUUUAGGAAUGACCAUGGAGUUGGUGUCUCGUACUCAAAAGCAUGGAGAGCUCAAGAACAUGCAUUAGAACUUGCUAGGGGUAUACCUGCUGAUAGUUAUGAGGUUUUACCGAGUUGGUUUCACAUGAUAGAAAAGAAGAAUCCAGGUACUAUCACUUACAUCAAAGCUGAUUCUGAUAAUAAGUUUAGAUAUGGUUUUCUGGCUUUUGGUACAUCAAUUAGAGCUUUUAAGUUGAUGAGAAAAGUUAUUUCUAUUGAUGGCGCCUAUUUGAAAUCAAAAUACAAAGGGACUGUGCUUGCUGCAUCAGCUCAGGAUGAUCUAGUUUCCGUGUCUGAUCGGGCUUCUUCAAUUGCAACUGCGCUUUCAGUAAAUUAUGUACAUGCUCAUCAUGGGAUCUGCACUUUCCACUUGCAAAAGAACCUGGAAACACGAUUUAGAGCUUCUGCUUCUCUUCUUCCAGUUGUUCAUGAUGCUUCAAGAGCUUACACUCAGUAUGAUUUUGAUUAUUUGUUCACUCAAAUUUCCAAUGGUGAUCCGGAUCUUGGAGAAUAUCUUUGGCAAGCUGAUAUUAGGAAAUGGUCACGUGCAUAUUCUCCUUCUAACCGGUACAACAUUAUGACAUCUAAUUGUGCCGAGUCCUUUAACUCCAGGUUAAAAGAGACUCGUGAGUAUCCAAUUGUCUGCCUGUUUGAUACAAUCAGGUCUAUUUUGACUAGGUGGUUUAAUGAACGACGUGAGGAGAGCUGUCGACAUCCAUAUGCUGUUACUACAAAAGUUGGGAAUAAGAUGAAUGAAUCUUAUAAUAAUACUACCCGCUGGCUUGAAGUUAGUCAAGUAAAUGAAAAUAUCUUCGAGGUUAAAGCAGCUUUAAAGACAUAUAUGGUGAAUUUGGACACAAGGAAAUGCACAUGCUGUAUGUUUGAUAUUGACAAAUUCCCUUGUGCACAUGGAAUUGCUGCUGCAAAACAUGUCAAUCUCAAUGAAAACAUGUUUGUUGAUGAUUAUCAUUCCACUGAAAGAUGGCGUUUAGCAUAUUCAGAGAGCAUUCACCCAGUAGGUGAUAUGGAGUAUUGGGAGAUUCCAGAGAGUGUUAGUAGUUCUAUUCGGCCACCUUCUACUCGUAUACCUAGUGGCAGGCGAAAGAAAAAGAGAAUAGCUAGUUCAUGGGAGUAUGGAAAGGCUAAGACAAAUUCAAAACAAUACAAAUGCAGUAGGUGCGGUCAGUGUGGACACAACAAAUCUAGUUGUGUAGCUGCUAUCUAA